AUGCAGCCUCUGAUGCUGAUGGGUCUAACUGGCCUGGCAAGACUACUGAUGCCACGUGCCCAGGUCCACUUUAAGCCUCCAUGGGAGCAGCUUGGGACCAUGAUCAUAGUCACUGGGCUCCCCUCCUGCUUUCUGUGUAUAUUCCUACAGCCAGGCUGGGUCUUUUCUCACCUGGAGAGCUACAAGAAGCUGGAGGGAAAGGGGCUGGCUGUCUUCUGUUUCCGCUGUCACCUCCCCAUCCUGGCCUGUCCUGAUUGUGUUUGCUGCACUGCGAGCCAGUCUGCCUUCAUUGUGUCCUUCUGCUACAGUGACCUCUUUGGCAGUCAUGACCUUUUGAUUCUCCAUUGUGACCUCCUGGGACACAUAUCUGCUGUGGACUGCUUGUCAUGGGCAGUGCUGGAGGGAGAGCUGAGUGCUGGAGGCGAGGUCAGUAGUGGCAAUAGUGGAGCCCUGGCCUCACUGUCUCUAGAAAGCUCACACUGUUCUAGCAUGGGUGAGCUGAGAGCCUCUACCUCCUUUUCUCUGAGCUCCAGAGAAGGGCCCAGCACCCUUUCUGCUUUUGCGGUCUAA